AUGCACUUCACUACCAUUACUACUAUUCUACUACAGCUAAAAUUGGUUUGGUCACUAAAAUGUUUUUACUGCCAACUACAAAGUAAGCAUUUGUUUUAACACUUUUUGGUACAGGGUUUACCUGUGUUUCCAAAACUACCUAAUGAAGUAACCGGUUAAAAUAAAAAUUUUGCUUUUUAAUAAUGGUUACUAAUAUAAUACUAGUAUAUUUAAAAGGAAUUCAUUAGCUUAAAUUUGUAGGUCAACACAUAGCCCCACAGCUGUGGCUUCAUACCGUGGAACAGUGCAGCCGGCGCAGAGUGACCGAAUGCGAAAGUUCGUCAAAAGCUUGUGUUGUCGUAUCUGUCCAUCAUGCUUAUGCGAAUUUCACCGUAUCUGGAUGUUCGGAGGACGAUUUUGUGGGAUGUGAAGAGUACAAUGUGCCCACGGAAUAUGGUAGAACAAACGUGCAGGUGUGCCAAUGCACUGAAGACCGAUGUAACUCGGACUUUCAUUUGGACUUUGGAAAAGAUUUCAAUCGGAUGAAUGGCAACAAAAGCGGUCAGAGGACAUUGACCAAAUUUUUGGGUAUUGAGGAGCAGAAUAGCGAAGAACGGGAAAAAGGGACUGAAGGGCGAUCAAGGUAAAAGAAACUUAUUACUGUAAAUUGUGUUUUUAAUAACCUACAAUUUUCAAAAUUUUAUUUGAAAAACAAAUUUAACUUUUAGACAAGACCGUCAACAGAUUUCUUUAAAAUACCAAGAAGUAUCAACACCGGCUUUACAAAACAGCUCAACUUUGCUCCAGUAUACUGCAAUUUCUACAAUAUUUAUUUGUUACAUACUAAUACGGUUUUUAUUGUAA